AUGGGCAAGCGAGAGGUGCGCGCGGGGGUGAGUCCCGCGGAGCGGGAGGAGCGGAUGCGCGCGGCGAGGGAAAUGGCUAAGGAGCUCCCCAUCUCUGCAGGUAUGGCAUUCCCAUGGGUGCAGGUACGGCAUUCCCAUGGGUGCAGGUACGGCAUUCCCAUGGCUGCAGGUACGGCAUUCCCAUGGGUGCAGUGCAGCAGCAGCUGGUGGAGGAGGUGCGGGCGGCACACACACUCGUGGUGGUGGGCGAGACCGGCAGCGGCAAGACCACUCGUCAGUCCCUCCUUCCCCCGCCCGCCCUCUCUUGCCCUCUCCUCCUCUCUUGCCCUCUCCUCCUCUCUUGCCCUCUCCUCCUCUCUUGCCCUCUCCUCCUCUCUUGCCCUCUCCUCCUCUCUUGCCCUCUCCUCCUCUCUUGCCCUCUCCUCCUCUCUUGCCCUCUCCUCCUCUCUUGCCCUCUCCUCCUCUCUUGCCCUCUCCUCCUCUCUUACACUUAUCCUCAAGCACCCUCGUCAGUCCCUCCUCCUUGUGCCCAGUGCCACCCACUCCAGCCGCUCUCCCCACGCCACGGAUCACCAUCACAAUAUCCUGCUCCCACUCUACCACUCCGUCCCUCCCUUCUCCCCUUCUCCUUCCCCAGAGGGCCCCAUCCUCCACUCGUCGCUCCAUUUACACGCAACACUGCCUGACACUUAUCACUCACCUUGCCUCCCUCUCUUUGCCAUCUCCACUUCCCUCUGUAUCCCUCCCCCCCAGAGCUCCCCCAAGCUCCCUCAGUUCAUCCUCUCAUCGGGCCUGCUCGCCCCACACCAAGCCAUCGCCGUCACACAGCCGCGCAGAGUGGCAGCAGUGACGGUGGCGGCGCGCGUGGCGGAGGAGAGGGGCGUGGGCGUGGGGCAGGAGGUGGGUUACAGCGUGCGAUUCGAGGACGUCACCAGCUCGCACACGCGCAUUAAAUAUCUUACCGAUGGCAUGCUUCUCAGAGCUUUGUGGCAUGAAGGUCAACUCCAUGUCACGUCCACCUACACCACGCGCAUCAAGUACCUCACUCAUGGCAUGCUGCUCAGGUGCGGUGAAUGCUCUGGUGAUUCCGUGUCCAUGGUCCCUUGCAACCUGUCUUGUCCUUAUUGGACCUUCUUCCACACUGCUUUGGCGUGCUGCUAUGGCGUGGUGGUGGACGAGGGUCAUGAGCGCACAUUGAAGCACCCAGGUGUGCAAGACGCACCAACACCCUGUUUCCACAUUCCCGAUGUCACAACCUCCAGGGAAGCACUUUUGGACCCUCUUUUGAAGCGGUAUGGCGUGGUGGUGGUGGACGAGGCCCACGAGCGCACUGUGAACACGGACGUGCUGCUGGGCCUGCUGCAGCAGGUGCAGGCCCGCCGCCAUGCGCUCGCCACAGGGCAGGCGGGUGUAGGGAUGGGUGGGCAGGGGCAGAAGGGGAAGGUGGUGGACGGUGGGAGAGAGGCGGAGGAUGGGGACACGGGGAGGCGGAAGGGGAAGAAGAGGCGGAGAGGAGAGGAGGGCAGGGAGGGGGAAGCAGACAGAGAGGCGGACGGGCAGAUUGGGGAGGCUGCUGCAGGCACAGGCACAGGCACAGGCGUAGUGGCAGGUGCAGGUGCAGGUGCAGGCACAGGUGCAAGCGAGGGCGAGUUGAAGCUGAUAGUCAUGUCGGCUACCCUGGAGUCGCGCAAGUUCCUCGACUUCUUCCCCGGCGCCCACGCUGUGUACAUCCGCGGCAGGCAGCACCCCGUGCAGGUGCUCUACACUCCCGCCCCCGAGCCUGACUUUCUCGACGCAGCGCUGGUAACCGUGUUACAGAUACACACGGAUCACCCUCUAGAGGGUACAGCCCCGGGGCAGGCGGGGGAUAUUCUCGUGUUUCUCACGGGGCAGGAGGAUAUAGAGGCCAUGGCCAGGCUGCUGCAGGAACGUGCGGCGAAGCUUCCUCCCGGGACGCCGCCGCUGGCGGUGGCGCCCAUCUAUGCGGCGCUGCCGGCGGAGCAGCAGAUGAACGUGUUCCGCCCCGCACCCGCUGGGUCCAGAAAGGUCGUUCUAGCGACCAACAUCGCCGAGACGUCAGUGACGAUCCCAGGCAUCCGCUUCGUGGUGGAUGCGGGGCUGGUGAAGGCGCGGGCGUUCAACUGCCGCACGGGUGUUGACUCGCUGGUGGUCGUGCCCGUGUCCAAGGCACAGGCCCGCCAGAGAAGCACCGCGCUCGACUCCCUCCCUCCAUGCCUCCAUUGCCUCCCUCCCUCCAUGCCUCCAUCCAUUGCCUCCCUCCCUCCAUGCCUCCAUCCAUUGCCUCCCUCCCUCCAUGCCUCCAUCCAUUGCCUCCCUCCCUCCAUGCCUCCAUCCAUUGCCUCCCUCCCACGUUCCAUCCGCUCCUGCAGUGGGCGAGCGGGCAGGGAGGCGCCGGGCAAGUGCUACCGGCUGUACACAGAGGGCACGUUCGACGCGCUGCCAGAGGCGCCCGUGCCGGAGAUGCUGCGCUGCAACCUCGCUGCUGUCGUGCUGCAACUCAUCGCCCUCGGGGUCAAGGACCUGCUCUCCUUCCCCUUCCUCGACCCGCCACCGCAGGCGCCAAGACUGCGGGCGCUGGAGCAUCUGGCGGCCAUACUGCGAGCUUUGGAGCAUCUGUUCUCGCUGGGAGCGCUCACACCAGACGGGAGCCUGUCGCCACAGGGGAAACACAUGGCGCGCUUCCCCCUCGACCCCGUCUUCGCCAAGGUGGGUGGGCGAGUUCAUGCUGAGGUGGGUGAGCGAGUGCACACAGGUGAGCACACAGCAGGUGACCAAUGCGCCGUGCUUGUGCCGCGGGGAAAGAGCAUGCUCCUCCUCACCAUCCGCUCCUUCAUCGACAGUGCUGCUGCAGGCCCGGCAGCCAUACUGGAUGCGUAUGGCCUUGGGUCAGCAGCAGUGGCAGGCGACAUGGUGGUAGCAUCGAGCACACGAAAGCGACCAUUCCCAGUUUCCAUGCUUGUUAUCCACCCAGCCGUCAGUGUCACUCUUUCCACUCCACCUCCCUCGCCCCCCCCACCUCACCAGGCCAUACUGGAAGCAUAUCGACUGGGGACAGCAGUGGCGGCGGACAGCAUGUGGCAGCAGCAGGCACAACCAUCCUCUGCACUCGUUAUGCUCACACCCAUCAUUGUCCCUCGCUCCCUCCGCUUCCCCCCCUUCCCUUCCCCUCCUCCACAGGCCAUACUGGAGGCAUAUCGCCUUGGAUCAGCAGCAGUGGCAGACGACAUGGUGGCAGCAGUGGCCAUGCUCUCUGUGGACUCGCCCUUCCAUACGCCCUCGCAUGCUGCUGCUGAGGCUCAUGCUGCCCGAAAGAGAUUUUUCUGCCCGGAUGGCGACCAUCUCACGCUGGUGAACGUUCUGCGGGGUUAUCUGGCAGCGGGCAGCCAAAACACCAAGGCUGAUGACGUGGCAGAUGACGGGAGCAACAAAGAUGGGAGUCGUGGUGGGGGUCCGGGGUUUGGGCGACAGGCGAAGGCGAGGGAGGGGAGGGUGCGGGCAUGGUGCAAGGCACACUACCUCAAUGGACGCUCUCUAAAAAAGGCAGCAGAUGUGUAUCGGCAAUUGCAAGCGUACUGUCACGGCCUCUCUCUACCUGUUGUCUCCAACUCGCCUCCACCUCCAUCGUCGUCAUCAGGACUCGCGGCCACGGGCACAGCAGCAGCAGCAGCAGCGCAGCGGCGGGACGAGUCGGUUGCGUUUCGCCGGGCGCUGACAGCAGCCUUCUUUGCCAACGCUGCCAAGAAGCAAGCCGACGGCACAUACAGAUGUGCGCAUGAGAAUGCAGUGAUAGCCUCAUGCACCCUCAUGCGCACACCACUCUCAGGUGCUGUGCUCUCAGGUGCCAUGCUCUCAGGUGCCAUGCUCUCAGGUGCCAUGCUCUCAGGUGCCAUGCUCUCAGGUGCUGUGCUCUCAGGUGCCAUGCUCUCAGGUGCCAUGCUCUCAGGUGCUGUGCUCUCAGGUGCCAUGCUCUCAGGUGCCAUGCUCUCAGGUGCCAUGCUCUCAGGUGCUGUGCUCUCAGGUGCCAUGCUCUCAGGUGCCAUGCUCUCAGGUGCCAUGCUCUCAGGUGCUGUGCUCUCAGGUGCCAUGCUCUCAGGUGCCAUGCUCUCAGGUGUCAUGCUCUCAGGUGCCAUGCUCUCAGAUGCUCUGCUCCUCAGCCCCCCCCGGCCUUGUUACCGCCACCACGGCACUAGCAAGCGGGCAGGUGGUGGCGAUUUACCCAACCUCUGCCUGCCUUCACUAUUGAAGCACACCGGCAUCCUCCUCUCGCCCUUCCCCCCUGUGCUCCCUCUCCUCUCGCCCUUCCCCCCUGUGCUCCCUCUCCUCUCGCCCUUCCCCCCUGUGAUCCCUCUCCUCUCAGGGCACUAG